GCUCGCAGAUUUCUACAAUUAGAUUACCCUAGCUAGCUCGCCAAAAAGAAGAAGAACAAAAGGGUGAAGUAGUAGAUGGCUUCUAGGGUUGUUGAACCACUUGUUGUUGCACGAGUGAUAGGAGAAGUAGUAGACAGUUUCAACCCAAGUGUGAAACUGAAUGUGAUAUACAACGGUAGCAAACAAGUGUUUAAUGGGCAUGAACUCAUGCCUCCUGUCAUUGCUGCUAAACCUCGUGUCGAGAUUGGUGGCGAAGACAUGCGAUCUGCUUACACCCUUAUCAUGACUGACCCAGACGUUCCAGGUCCUAGUGAUCCUUACUUGAGGGAACACCUCCACUGGAUUGUUACAGAUAUUCCUGGUUCUACUGAUGCCUCUUUUGGAAGAGAGAUAGUGAGCUACGAGAGUCCAAAACCAGUGAUUGGGAUUCACCGAUAUGUGUUCUUAUUGUAUAAACAAAGCGGAAGGCAAACAGUGAAACCAGCAGCAACAAGAGACCAUUUCAACACUCGAAGGUAUACGGCAGAGAAUGGAUUGGGAAGCCCAGUUGCCGCUGUCUACUUCAAUGCCCAGAGAGAAACUGCUGCCAGAAGAAGAUGAAUUAAACCAGCCAAUUACAUCAUAAUAGAUAUAAACAUGCAAAUAAUCACUUUUAGCUUAAUAAUAUAGUAGUAACUCCUUUAAUAAUAUAUAUAUAUAUAUUACUCUAUCGAUCUGUCUAUUAAUUAAAACACGUGAUUUAAAUAAGGUCUGCACUUUGCAGAGUGACACCCUUAUCUUCUUGUACUUACUCAUGUCUAGUAAGUAUAUAGUACAACUUUGUACUUACCAGAAAAGUAGGUGAAUGAUUAAGCGUAGAGUGUCAAUCUUCAUGCAUCAUGCAGAUUCUGAGCAUUCCCACCAAUUAGGUUGCCCCUCUGUUUCAUUUGUUUGUGAGUUCAUAUUAGUUGUUUGAUGUAUCAAAUUGAAAUAUAAAAUGCAUAUAUCAAAUUCCGUAUUGA